AUGGCCGUGGCAAAGGGCGCAGCAUCUCUGGCGCUGGCGCUGCCCCUGCUCCUGAGCCUGGCACCGGCGCCCACUUCGGGAGGGUGCCCGUCGGCCUGCCGCUGCUCUUUCGCCAUGCUGCAGUGCCUGGAGCCCGACGGGAUCGCCGGCGUCCCGGCCCUGGUGCCGCAGGAGAGCGAGAACGUGACGGAGAUCUACAUUGAAAACCAAGCGGGCCUGGAAAAUAUAACGCAAGCAGAACUGAUGAACUACAAAGAGCUAAAAAACCUCACGGUGACGUCAUGCAAGCUGAGACACGUCGCCGCCGACGCCUUCCGCCACAACCUCAAGCUGCAGUAUGUGAACCUGGCCUCCAACUCUCUGGAGCGCAUCUCGUGGAGGGUCUUUCACUUUCUGCCCCUGCUCAACCUGGUUCUGCUGGACAACCCUCUGGUCUGCUCGUGCGACCUCCACUGGCUGCAGCGCCGGCAGCGGAGCGAGCGCGCCGACCCGGACGACCACCUGUUGACGUGCGUCGCCGCCGGGCGCGAAGUACCGCUCGACUCGCUCGUCAUUGACAACUGCAGUCUGCCCGAGGUCACCAUUCUGCCCUCCAACAACAAGGUACAGGAGGGGGGCAACCUGACCUUUGAGUGUCACGUGACAGGAAGUCCCACCCCGCAAGUCAAGUGGCGCACGGACGCUCUCCACUCGCGCUUCUUUGCACAGGAGAGAAUCUGGGGCUCGACGCUGGAGGCGGUCGUGUACCUGACCAACGUCUCGUCCGGCGACAACCUGCACAACCUGACGUGCGAGGCCGAGAACCAGGCCGGGCCCGGGGAGGACGCGGUGCAGCUGGACAUUGAGUUCCCGGCCAAGAUCCUGUACCUGAGGAACGCGGUUCCGAUGCACCACUGGUGCUUCCCGUUCGCCGUGGACGGCAACCCGGAGGCCAACAUCACCUGGCGGUACGAAGGCUCGGCGCUGAAGGAGACGGCCUUCGCGUACACGCAGCUCUUCCCCGACUCGGCCGACGGCUCCAAGAAGCACGGCUGCCUGUUCCUGGACAAGCCCACGCACAUGAACAACGGGCGCUACACGCUGCUGGUGGACAACAAGCUGGGCAAAGACCAGGCCAGCGCCGCCGGCAUGUUCAUGGACAACCCCUUCGGACUCUUCGAUCCCGAGGGCCUCAUUCCCGUCAUCAACGUGGACGCAAUUCCCACCAACAAAUCCGUCACGGACGUCACCGAGAACCUGGAGAGUCGAGUCUUUGUGGUGUCGGCGGCCGUGGGUCUGGCUCUGUUCGCUUGCACCUUCCUGCUGGUCACCGUGUCGGUGAUCAACAAAUGCGGACACAACUCCAAAUUCGGCAUUCACCGCUCGUCCGUGCUGGGCGCCGAGGACGACCUGGCCGUGUCGCUGCGCUUCACGAACUUCGGGAGCAGCCCGCCGUCCUCGGACGAAGACUCGGGUCUGUCCAGCUUCGUGGAGAACCCGCAGUACUUCUGCGGUAUCAUCAAAGACAAAGACAUGUGUGUGCAGCACAUCAAGCGGGCGGACAUCGUGCUGAAGUGGGAGCUGGGCGAAGGCGCUUUCGGCAAAGUCUACCUGGCCGAGUGCGCCGACCUCAGCCUCGACAGUGACAAGAUGUUGGUCGCCAUCAAGACCCUGAAGGACGCCAACGAGUCGACGCGGCAGGACUUCCAGAGGGAGGCGGAGCUCCUGACGGUUCUCCAGCAUCAGCACAUCGUGCGCUUCUACGGCGUGUGCGCCGACGGAGAGCCGCUCGCCAUGGUCUUCGAGUACAUGCGGCACGGGGACCUGAACCGCUUCCUCCGAGCUCACGGUCCCGACGCUCGCAUCCUGGAGGAGUCCAAGAUGGCGGCGCUGGGCGAACUGACCGUACCUCAAAUGCUGCACAUCGCGGCGCAGAUCGCGUCAGGGAUGGUGUACCUGGCCUCGCUGCACUUCGUCCACAGAGACCUGGCCACGCGCAACUGCCUGGUGGGAGAAGGCCUGGUGGUCAAAAUCGGAGACUUCGGCAUGUCGCGGGACAUCUAUAGCACCGACUACUAUCGGGUGGGGGGCCGCACCAUGCUGCCAAUCCGCUGGAUGCCGCCAGAGAGCAUCAUGUACAGAAAGUUCACCACGGAGAGCGACAUCUGGAGCUUCGGCGUGGUCCUCUGGGAGAUCUUCACGUACGGCAAACAGCCCUGGUACCAGCUGUCCAACGGCGAGGCCAUCGAGUGCAUCACGCAGGGCCGCGAGCUGGAGCGCCCGCGCACUUGCCCGCAACAAGUUUACGCGCUGAUGCGCGGCUGCUGGCAGCGAGAACCUCAACAGCGGACGCUCAUCAAGGACAUCCACGCGCGGCUCCUCGCCCUCGUCAAGAACCCGCCCGUCUACCUCCGCAUCCUGGCUUAGGCCGCACCAGCCUCGUCCGUGCGCUGGCGCUCUUUGUCCGCCGAGUGAGACCACUCGCCGCACUAGUACAACCACUGUGUCGUACUAGUAAUGUCUUUUCC